AGCUUAGAGUUUUAGUGGGAUUUAAUCACUGUCACGGUUCAUAUUAAUAAUCUCCCGAAGGUGUGUUCUCUUCAUCCAUUUUUUUCCUUAGCCUCCUCAAAUUUGAUGGAGGAAUAACACUUGCAUCACAAACACAAAAUUCAUGGAGCAACAUGGUAACUGGCACCAGAUUUCAUCGGUGGGAACGGAAGCACGACCGUCUGGCACCGAUCCUGACGCUUAUUUCAACUCCUUCCCGCCAGGUUUCCGGUUCAAGCCUACCGACCUAGUAUUGGUCCAAGAAUACAUGAACAAGAAGCUGCGGAAUCAACCGUUACCCCCUAACCGCAUUCAUGAGGUCGAUAUUUAUAAAUUCUCUCCUGAGGAGCUCUCUGUAAGGUUCAGGUUACUUAAAGAUAGAGAGGAAGAGUGGUAUUUCUUUACUCCCAGAGAAAAAAAGUACAAAAAUGGGUCGAGGCCUGAUCGUUCUACUGUCAAUGGAUAUUGGAAGCCAACCGGAGUAAAGGUUAAGGUUAUUGAUGAACAGGGCAAGGAAAUUGGAGAAAGAAGGUCACUUGAAUUCUGGGAAGGACAUCAACCCGAUGGAAAAAAGACUAGUUGGAAGAUGCAUGAAUAUGAAGUUCCUCCACCGGUGAGGAGGACAAGACAUGACAUGCUGUUGGAUGAAUGUAUUUUGGUUAAGAUAUAUAACAGUGCAAAAGACAAGAACAAUGAAGGUGUAGCAGUGGGUCAGGCUGAAGAUCAGCAACAGAAUUCAAUCCCAAGUGAAUGUAAUUCAACUCAAUCAAUUUCAGUUCUGCCUUCAAAUCAGCUCCCACCGCCAAGGUUAGACCCACCACCGCCUGCAAAUGAACUUCUAUACUUAAUUACUGGUAACCAAGACAUGCAUGGAGGUGGUUAUGCUGAUGUAGCAACUUUGUAUUUGGAGUUUGAAUCUGCAUCGUCUUUGGAUUAUGAAUCUGCAAUGAAAGAGGGACAAAACCAAUGUUCUUCCACAAAUCAACAACAUUCAUCCUUUUUUGAGUGUGCAUUUGAUGAGGAGGAGCUUGCUUCGGAUUUUGGUUCUGUUGCCCCUCCACCACUCGAUGAUCUUUCGAGUAUUGUUUUUUCUUCAAAUGUAGUUUCCCGCCAGAGUGGCAAUUCAAUGGCAGCAACAGGGAAAGAAGAAAGCGUUUAGGAACAAAAAGGAAUGAUGAUCCUAGGCUAUAAGGGUAAGACAUGUAGUUUAUAUAUAUAUAUAUAUAUAUAUAUAUUCUGUAGGUUUAAUUUACAGAGUUCAGUCUGGAAAACUUUGAUAAGUUGAACCUGAAUCAGCAGUUUUAUUUAAGGUCUGUUGCAUAUAUUUAUUUUCAUUUUAAGGUCUUCUGUAUUUUAUCUGGUUCAAGGGGAACUUUGAACUGGAUAU